GAACACUCCCGGGCGUCAUCUGUAUCAGUAGGAGUCUACACUUCUCUUUUUGCUAGUGCGGAUCAACGCCGUCAUUCAUGCCUCAGGGGCGGUAGUCAGUCUUUGAGCUCUCCUCUCGUCUCCGGACCACCGACCCCCCCACACAAUAGCCUGCCAGGUCGACUCACUCGGACCACGGAGCCUCAGCGAAUACAACACACAAAGAUGGCAACAGAAAACUUGGAAAUGAACGGUGAUACUGGCCGAAACGGCGAUGCGGAGGUGCCGCUGAGGGCCCGCUGGAGGAGGGAACAAGGGCCUCUGAACAUGAACCAUUAUGCCAAUAAGAAGAGUGCAGCAGAGAGCAUGCUGGAUGUGGCUCUUCUGAUGGCCAACGCCUCGCAGCUGAAGGCUGUCCUAGAACAGGGGUCAGACUUCACCUUCUAUGUGCCCCUCAUCGUCCUCAUAAGUAUCUCCCUCAUCCUGCAGAUUGUCGUGGGCAUCCUACUCAUCUUCAUUGUGAAGUGGAACCUGAAUGAUGAGAGCAUGCACUACAGGCUGAACAUUAUGGAAAACGUCUCCACAGCGCUCGUCUUCAUCAUAGUUGUUGUCAACGUCUUCAUCACAGCCUUUGGUGUCCAGCGGCCUGUUACAAGUGCCUGACCGCCCUCCUUCAUGACUCGCCGAGUUUGCUGAACAAGUUGAAGGUGCACACGAUGUUAUAUGUGUAAAUGGACUUUUACCAGAUGAAGUAUCUCAAAAAUAUAUCCAGGUUCAUUUCUUAUUCUAAUUUCAGAGAUCGUACAUUCCUUGAAUAUCAUGUGAUGACAUUCUCUGCUGCGUAAAAAAACAAAACAAAAAAAUGAACGGAUCCACUUUGACUCUUCUGUGCAGAACCAAUGAUCUGAUGUUUGCAUUUUAGAGGGGUUCCUACUUCUCUAAUCCUGACUGUGGACUUCUUGGUCAGACUUUAUUUCAUGUGGCAAUUAAUACAUUUAUUACCUCUUAUGCGGGCAUUAUUAUGCUCGUAUUACUAAUGCGGUUAAUUUAUUGCCUUAACUUACAUAACCUGCAUAUCAGGAACAAUAUAUAUCAGUCAUCAUCAUGAAUGUUUCCUGAAAAAAACACAGCUCCUAUUCUUGUUUCAGUUUGUAAUUAUAUUGUUAAAUGUCUGCCAGCUCUACUUUUUGGGAAAUGUAAUCCAUACAUCUUCCUUUGCAAAAGAACAAAAACAAAAAACGUUUUCAGCAUACCUUAAUCCCAAAGCACUACUGCCUAAGUCCACUCCUCAGUGUACUUUUCUCCACACUUUUUACCACACAGGUCUGGGCAAAUGCCAUACACUGCUGCUAUCACAAUAGUAUUAUUAGUGGCACUGUCUUUACUUACUGCCACACAGCUUUUAGUUACACGGUAAAUCAGCUUUACUCUGGGAGCAAUGCAAUUAUCUAGUGGUCAGUUAACAGCUUUAACUGUUUACACUGCUCAGACCUCAAGCCUCUAAUGAAAUCGAUCUUAAAUGUUGUUUUCACGCUCUAUGCAAAGUGUAGUAUGUAAUGUUUAGGUUGACUCUGUAUGUACUGUAUGAAGUGUUAAAGGGUCAUCAUACAAGGUGUGUACCCAAGGCUAUAGUGUACUUUUUUAAAAUAUCUUUUUAAGCAUUCCCCCCACUUUUUCAAAAGGACCAAAUUUUGCUGAACUGUUAUUAUAUGGUCUUGUAUGACACAAUGUAAAAUGAUUGCUAUUUUG